ACAGGUAGGGGGGGGGGCUAAGUUUUGACAAAUUUGUGCGUCCGUAUUAAAUACAGAGAACCUUAUUUGUCAAAUUAAAUAUAAGCGAGGUAAAUGCAAUUGUUAUUACCUGAUCCAAAGCCUGGAUUACCUUAAAUCCCCCCCCUCCCGCUCUCAACUGCCGAAUGGACGCGUCCACUCGCCUGUCUCCGCCCACUCGCCUAGCUCCGCCCACUCGCCUGGCUCCGCCCACUCGCCGGUAGUGACGUCACACACUUCGAGGCCGUCUGGUGAGGUUGACGCUCCACGUUUAAGCUCCCGACAACAACGCUAAGUUUUAGCUCCAGGAUAUUCACUGAGCUCCACUUACUACAGCUGCUUCGCCAUGGAGUUCAAGUUCUUCAAACUGCUCCUGCCGCUACUGCUGCUGCUUCUUGCGGGGUUCCAUCCUUCGGCUGCAAAGCCCGUGAUGUCCAAAAACAGCAUCAGUGCGCCCGAGGGAGUGGAGCCGGCGAUGGGAAUGUCCGGCUGGAUCCAGCGGAUGCGCGGCGUGAAAAUGACGACAGCUCCCCCUCGGACCAGCGCGACUGCAACCCCUCAAGCACUCGACAUUGUCCACAAAUCUUCAGUCUACAAGACGGUUACGUUGUCCGUCCUAAGUUCCAUUGGGCUGAUCACCCUGUGUGUUGGUGCAAGGCUUCUAUACUGGCGUUACAUGAGCCUUUCAGCACAGCCUGCAGAUGAUGGUGGCGAAGCCAAUGUCAUGAACAGUGAUGAAGAAGACGCGCCACCAUCACUCUGGAGCGAUAUCUCACGAGUCCUCACGGCAAUUCGCCAAUACAUAAUGCCGCAGCCAAGGGCCGUGGAUGAAGAAGGUGAAGACGUUGCACCAGGCGGGUGGUUUAUGGAGAUUCUAACUACCUUGGUGCAAAGCUUGAAGCCUGAGCCAGGGACCAGCAGCAGCACAGAUGGCAAUGGUGAUGCCCACAAAAAGUCGCACCAUAAGGCGAAGAACCUGAAGACAGGCAAAAAGAAGGAAAAGUUCAAGAAAUUCCUGGCAAAUAAGAGAACGCAAGUGAAGAAACUGCACAGCAAAUUCAAGGCGACUUUCAAGAAGAAAAUGCCAAAAUUUAAAUUUAGGAGGAAGCGCAAAUAGUCGUGGACAGCGACUACCCUUCCUUGACAACCCCUCCCCGCUCCUCCUCUUCACUCCGAACAUUUAUGAAUUAACAUGAUCACAUCUCUCGUCAUAUCGCAUUGCCUGCUCCCUACUUCAACCCUUCACAAAGUUAAUGAUUCCUCGUUUAGCCCAAAACAGAUUGUUUGGGCAAGGCCGGCAUAGUGGUCACGCCCGGCUGCCUUUGUUUCCCGAGUGACGAUCUUUUUGCAUUCACCAUGUCCUCAUUUGAGUUUGAGUCAACCCACAGGAGACCCACCUGUUUUGUUACCAGAACAAAGGGGAAAACACAUUUUCAUACUUCAACCCACAUGCACACAUAUAACACAGAGAUCCCCUGUAUAGCCUUAGACUGUUCGGGCAAGUGCUGUUAGCGCCGGUCCCCGACCACCUCUCCUGCCUGUCCCGCGCCCUGUGGGCAUUUCUACUUGGUGGCCUGGCUGCCGGCGGUUGCCCACCGGGCAUCGCCGGCACCGAGCGACUUCCGCGCCAUCCCUCGAAACCGUUGGGCCGCUCCGUCACCCGCGUCUGGCGGCUCCUGUUCCGGGCCACUUGGCUGCCAAGGCAUCGGCAGCCCCGGGACAUCGGGGCUUUGUGCGGUCCGAAGGAUGGAAGGUCGAGCUCCGGGCCGGGGGAGUCUUCACCAUAUCAGCAUGCCGGGCACGGAGGGAAGCUUCGCGUCCGUGGAAAGCAAGCCGGGCCGAGGCUGCGGGUUCUUCCUUGUCGCGGGCCCCGGCCAGGACUCCACUGCUGCACUGCGUGGACAUUGCGGAACUCGUCGGUGGUGCGGGGGACUCCAUCGCCGUGGGCCCCUUCUCCCUCCUGGCUCCAGCCCCUCGCCCCGCCCCCCUUUGUCUUUCCAAUGCAAUUUUGCCCGACUACCUUUCAAUGUAUCUUUUCAAAUUAUUGUUAUGCUAGGUACAAUUGUAUAAUUGCUGUGCAGCGCCUUGUUAAAGGCACUAUGUAAAUAUCAUUAAGAUAAGAUGCACACUUGCGCAAAUGCUGAUAUACAUGUAACAUAAAAAAAACUAAUUUUAUUUGCAAUGUAUUUACAAUGUCUUGUUGCUUCUGUUGAACAAUGCAAUAUUCACAUGUACAUAUAUGAUUCUGCAGCUUCACACGUGGUCACUCCUGCGAAUGAUCUGUUUAAUUCCCAGCCAGGUCCAUCAACCCAGGCUUGGCUCAGAGCUCACAUCCUCCUCACUCGAGCUUUUUUUACUGCUUGUAGUGCAUUGCGCAUUGGGAUCCUAGGAUGGAAUGCGCAUUAUAAAUUUGAAUUUUUUUUUUUAGAUUGGAGGAAUCUGAUGAGAUACGAAGCUCUUUUUCACAUGUCCAGUAGGGGUGGGUCAAGGCCCUGGUUUCAAUACUGGUAAUAGAAAACAGCACUUGAGUUUGUACUUCCUACCUUGGGGCCACUUCGCCUCACCCCUGGUUUCUGAGUCAUCGAGUGGCCCAUCACUACGAUGCUGAAUUGACACCAAGUGCUCUGAUGCUCAAUGUUGGCCCCACUCAAGCUAUUGGCGCUAACAAUCCACCACCCUGGAUAUUCCAUUCCAAAUAGUAAUUUGGGGUUGACAAUCCAAGGUUCAAUUAUUUGUUAAAUAUUGCCUUGAAUGAUUUCCGCUCCUCGUGGCAGCAAGUCUAAUACCCGUAUGACUUGUUUCCAUGCGUCAGCAAUAUCACCCUCCAUGGUCAUUCCACUGCUGGAUAAAGACCUCCCGAAGCCAUAUUAAUAUUUAAUGAUCCCCACCGGAGGGCCACUAGAGUGAAGCUGGACCGUACGCUAACAUUCCAUGACAACCUCAAAAAGGUAGCCUCCAAGACCAAAACAAGGGUCAACCUGGUCCAGAAACUGCCAAGCACACGCUGGGCAGCAUCAGCACCAGUGCUGCGGACUAUCAGCGAUGGCCCUUGUGUGCUCUGUAGCCGAAUACUGUUCACCAGUAUGGACCAGAAGUAGUCACCACUCGACUUGUUCAUGUCCAACUGAACACUGCAAUGCAGUGGAUCACUGGAACCCUCAAGUCAACACCAACACCCUUGGCUCCCCGUGCUGUUACACAUCUCUCCCCCACCCAUCCGCCGCAACACUGCAAACCUCUGGGAAGGCCUGCAAAUCGAGGAAAACAGUCGCCCAUUCAUUAGGACCUCAACAACGUCCCUUGUCAUUUGAAGUUAGGCAAGCUCUUUUGGACCCAUGCGCUUAGCCUUAAUGCCAAUUCAAACCCGAUGAAGCUUGGGAAGUUGAAUGGAGUUCAAAAGAACGCAACAACAUCUUGUGAAUGACUCGAUGCAGA